GAUGAUUCUUGCUGCUCUCGUCGUUGCUUCUCCACCUAUCGUCUAGAUUUCGUCUCGAUUUCCUGAACCCAAGAUUCCCAACGGCCGUGAAACACCAUCUCGACCUCAAGGGCAGUCAUCCCUUUCCAGGAAUGCGUCGGUGAAGCUCGACCCGUGCUUCAACUGAGACUUCUUGGAGCUCCAAGAAAGGAAAAUGUCACUUUCCCUGUCGUCCAGUGCGUUCAGUAUUCAACCCACGAGGUAUGAAGCCCUGAGAGCGCGUUUCUCUUCUCAAUUCAUCAGCCCGAUUCAGGUGAGCUCGAGCACGCACGCCCGUUCGGUCUCGCGUGUGAACUCGCCUUCCUUCUUCAAGUUCAGCCGAGAAAGACUCGACCCAGUUGCUGCUUCGGCAGCAUCAGCGGCUGAAACAGCGACGGCACCCUCUUCUUUUAGGGACAAAGCCCCCAAGGAUAUUAACGUUUUGGUGGUGGGGUCAACUGGGUAUAUUGGGAAAUUCGUGGUGAGAGAGUUGGUGAAGAGAGGGUUCAAUGUCAUAGCCGUUGCUAGGGAGAGAAGUGGGAUCAGGGGUAGGAACAGUAAGGAAGAGACGCUGAACGAGUUGAGAGGGGCUAAUGUGUGCUUUUCGGAUGUGACGGACUUGGAGACCUUGGAGAAGUCUGUGGAGGGGUUGGGAUGCGGUAUUGAUGUCGUGGUAUCUUGCCUCGCUAGCCGGAAUGGCGGAGUGAAGGAUUCUUGGAAGAUUGAUUAUGAGGCCACGAGAAAUAGCCUUCUUGCUGGCAGGAAAUUUGGGGCUGCGCAUUUCGUGUUGCUUUCUGCUAUUUGCGUGCAAAAGCCCCUUCUUGAGUUUCAGCGGGCGAAGCUGAAGUUUGAGGCUGAAUUGAUGAAAGCAGCCGAAGAGGACGGUAAGUUCUCAUAUAGCAUUGUGAGACCUACAGCAUUUUUCAAGAGCUUGGGGGGUCAGGUUGAGUUGGUGAAGGAUGGGAAGCCUUAUGUCAUGUUUGGAGAUGGAAAGUUGUGCGCUUGUAAGCCAAUGAGCGAGCCAGAUUUAGCUUCUUUCAUUGCGGACUGUGUGUUGAGUGAAGAAAAGGUAAACCGGGUUUUGCCAAUUGGUGGGCCAGGGAAGGCUUUGACGCCUCUUGAGCAAGGGGAGAUUUUGUUUAGACUUUUGGGGAAGGAGCCCAAGUUCUUGAAAGUGCCGAUCGAGAUUAUGGACUUUGCGAUUGGUGUCCUGGAUUUCUUGGUUAAGAUUUUUCCAGGAUUGGAAGAUGCAGCCGAGUUUGGGAAGAUUGGACGGUACUAUGCUGCGGAGAGUAUGUUGAUUCUGGAUCCCGAGACAGGGGAGUACAGUUCUGAUAAAACGCCUAGCUAUGGGAAGGACACAUUGGAAGAGUUCUUUGAGAAGGUUCUACGGGAAGGAAUGGCAGGUCAAGAAUUGGGGGAACAGACAAUUUUUUGAACGAUUGGUGCUGUGAAGGAAAUGGGUUCAAUUACCAAUAAUUGGGUUAGGCAGCUUCAGUUUUGUAACAUUAUCUCACCUAAGUUGCGGAUCCUUACCCGGAAACUGAUCAAGCACCUGUAUAAUCUUAGACACUUCUAGGCAACCCAAAAUCUUUGCAGAAAGUCUCUCAGUGAGCAUCAAGGUACUUGUGGAAGUCUGAUACACAUCUUGAUGCUGCUAGCUAAAAACUUGGUGUUCUUGCUACAUGUCAUAUAUUGAAUUUAGGCCUGAAUGAAAGAAUUUUCAACA